AUGGCCUCCCGGAAUCCGGGAAGGGCGUCCGAAUCUGGCCACCGGUUCUCGCCGUCCACGGCAGUGCAUCCUGGCCGCCCGAAGUCGAAGCACUCCUUCCAGUCGCGGCGCCGCUUGGUGAGCUCGUCGUCGAAGAACCCCCGCGAGUUGUCGGCGCUGCGGAAGAUUGCGUCCUUGACCGGGCGCGGCGCCGCGAAGAACGCCCGGGUCUGGGCAUUGAAUCGCGAGAGCAGGUCGUCCGGCACGCCGUGGCCCACGGCCUGGAAGAAGCCCCACUCGCGGCAGGCGGCGCCGAUCUGCUCCGCCACGCACCGCACGCCCUCUGCAUCCCCGUCGUCCGCCCUCAGCAGAGCAGCCACGUCGAUGACCGGCGCGCCGGCCAUUGGAGCCUGCGACGGCUGGUCUGGUGGCUUCGACGGGCUCGGACUUUAUUUUACAAAAGCCCUGAAGAUGGGAAACUAUGCGAGACAGGAAAUGGAGUUGUUUGAUUUCAGCACGGCGAUCCGCUGGAUAGGCACCGAGGGCCAUCAAUCUGUGGGCGGCAACCCCCCUUGUCUUCUGCGCCACCUGAUGGGGUUCGUUGCGGCGUGCCUCGCCAUCGCGGUGCUGUACUGGGCCCUUAUUGGCGUUCCGACGGCCUACUUUCUCAUAUGGCUGUGUUCCAGAGCCGGGCAGCCACCCGGACAAGUUGCCAAGCAGGCGCCUACAGGGUCCUUCUGCCCCCCUCGCGACGAAGCCAUUGUUACGGAGAAACAUGGAUCUCAAGUCAAUGGAAGGAUUUUGUUCGGCUCCCAAACCGGCCGUGGGAGCAAGUUUGCCCAACAGCUUCAGGAAUUGUCCAAAGAGCGAGGUGUUCCAUUGGGGCUUGACGACCUGGGGACAUAUGAAGUUGAGCAGCUGCUCAAAGAGCCAUUGGUCAUCAUCAUUGUAUCCACAUAUGAGAAGGCUAGUCCGCCUGAAGCUGCUGCAUGGUUCUGCAGGUGGCUGGACGAAGCUGCAACCGAUUUCCGUGUUGGGAGUCAGGCCCUGUCAGGCACCAAGUUUGCAGUGUUUGGCUGUGGCAACCGGCAGUAUGAAGAAAAUUUCAACACAGUUGCCAGGAGGGUGAACAAACAGCUGUCGAUGUUGGGUGGACGCCAGAUACUCGAAUGUGAACUUGGAGAUGAAGAUUCCGGUUAUAUGGAUGGGCAGUUUGAACAUUGGGCCAACAAGCUUAUUGGCCUGCUGGCUAAAGAUGGGCAGAUAUCAUGUGCCACUGCGGAUGUUGCUGUGCUGCAAGGCGUCAAUGUGGCUGACAGUGGCGAAGAGGGCAGCUAUGAGGCGAGCAGUGAUGAUGAUGGGACCCAAAACGAAGCAAAUGAGAUGGACAUUGAAGAUCUGGCAGGCAAAGCACCCAAACGUGGGGAUUCUGUGGGCAAAUCGAAUGCCAACGGCAGACAAAAUGGAAAACGGGACAUGCUGACUCCUGCUCUGCGAAGCUCCUUGAGCAAGCAGGGCUACAAGCUCAUUGGCAGCCACAGUGGCGUGAAGCUAUGUAGGUGGACGAAAUCCAUGCUUCGUGGCAGGGGCGGCUGCUAUAAGCACAGUUUCUAUGGGAUUGAAUCCCAUCGCUGCAUGGAGAUGACCCCCUCCCUCGCCUGUGCAAACAAAUGUGUCUUCUGCUGGAGGCACCACACGAAUCCCGUUGGCAGGGAGUGGAAGUGGAACAUGGACAGCGCACAGGACAUUGUCGAAGCAGCCCUGGACUAUCAUGUGAAGAUGAUCAACGAGUACAAAGGCGUGCCUGGUGUCAAGGCCAGUAGACUGGAACAGGGGUACAAGGUUCGCCACUGUGCCCUGUCUCUUGUGGGGGAGCCCAUCAUGUACCCGGAGAUCAACGCCCUGGUGGGGGAGCUCCACGGUCGGGGCGUCUCCACCUUCCUCGUUACCAACGCCCAGUUCCCAGACCAGAUCCGGCACCUGCAGCCCGUGACGCAGCUCUACGUGUCAGUGGACGCCGCCUCGAAGGAGUCGCUCAAGGCGGUCGACCGCCCCCUGUUCGCCGAUUUUUGGGAGAGAUUCCAGGAGUGUAUGAAGUUGCUGAAGGACAAGAAGCAGCGAACUGUGUAUAGACUGACGCUCGUGCAGGGCUGGAACAUGGAAGACAUCGACGGGUACAGCCGCUUGAUCCAACUGGGAUGCCCAGACUUCAUCGAAAUUAAGGGUGUGACUUAUUGUGGCAACUCGGGGGCCAGCGGCCUGACGAUGCAGAAUGUACCAUAUCACAAGGACGUCUGCGAUUUUGCACAGGCUCUGUGCGAUGCUUCCGAUGGCGUGUAUGGCGUGGCAUGCGAGCACGAACACUCCUGCUGUGUGCUGUGCGCUCGACGGGACCGUUUCUUCAAAUCCGGUGAAUGGCACACUUGGAUAGAUUACGAGAGAUUUCAGGCCCUGCUGACGGACGGGUGCCCUUUCUCUUCAGAAGACUAUUUGCUGCCCACACCGCACUGGGCAGUGUAUGGAGCCCCGGAAGCCGGGUUUGAUCCAAUUGAGUCGAGAUUCAAGAAGGAAAGGAGGCACAAGCGGGAUGGCGCAUGA